AUGGAGGGCAACCAGUCAUGGAUCGCAGAAUUCAUCCUGCUGGGCUUCCAGCUCAGUGAAAAUGUGGAAUUGCUCCUCUUUGUUAUCUUCAUCCUGUUAUAUACCUUCAACCUGCUGGCAAAUGGCAUGAUCUUGGGACUCAUCUCACUUGACCCCAGGCUGCACACCCCCAUGUACUACUUCCUGUCUCAUCUGGCCAUCACUGACGUCGCCUAUGCUUCCAGCAAUUUACCAAAUAUGCUGGAAAACCUAGUGAAACACAAGAAAACCAUCUCCUAUUUCUCGUGCACUAUGCAGAUGGUUUCCUACUUGGCCUUUGCUUCUGUAGAGUGCCUGACUUUGGUGGUGAUGUCCUAUGACCGGUUUGUGGCCAUCUGCCACCCCCUGCAGUACACAGUCAUGAUGAACUGGAGGGUGUGCAUAUUCCUGGCCAUCGCUUGCUGGGCGUGUGGAUUUUCCCUGGCCAUAGUCCAAGUAAGUCUGUUUCUACGGCUGCCCUUCUGUGGGCCCCAGAAGGUAAACCACUUCUUCUGUGAAAUUAGCUCUGUCCUCAAAGUGACCUGUGGUGAAACCUGGAUCAAUGAAAUGUUCCUCUUUGCUGAUGGCGUGUUUAUCUUAGUUGGGCCUCUUUCCCUGGUGCUGGUCUCCUACGUGCGUAUCCUCUGGGCCAUUCUGAAGAUCCAGUCAAAGGAGGGCCGCAAGAAAGCCUUCUCCACCUGCUCCUCCCACUUCUGUGUGGUUGGGUUCUACUUUGGCAUAGCCAUUAUGGUGUACUUGUCCCCUGACAGCAGUCAUCUAGAGGAACAGCAGAAAAUCCUUUUCCUGUUUUACACCUUCUUCAACCCAUUACUGAACCCCCUUGUCUACAGUGUACGGAAUGCUCAAGUAAAGGCUGCCUUCCACAAAGUAUUGCAGAAAAAUAGAUCAGUGUGA